GUGCCACUUUCAGGUCUCCUCACACACUGCUGGUGUGUUCCAUUUUUUGUCAUAGGGUGCUGGCAGAUUACGGGCCUCCCAUUGCUGCUGCCAGGCCCGUAUCUGCCAUGGGCCCCUGUACCGCCUCUUCAUGCUGCUGCCAGGUCCAGAGUCUCUCAUGGGUCCCUGUACGGCCUCCCAUUGCUGCUGUCUCCAUCGCCACACUCUGCCAUGUGCCACUUUCAGGUCUCCUCACACUCCUGCUGGUUUCCAUUUUGUCAUAGGUUGCUGUAUGGCCUCCCAUUGCUGCUGCCUCCACCGCCACACUGUGGCUCCAAACACUGGUUUUGGCCCCGACUGGCCAAAUGAGUGAAGUGUGCGGUGAUUCUAAGAUCGACGGCACUCAUCUGCAUGUCAUACUGACUGACAGUAUUAUUUCUCUUCCCCAGCAGACUCCAAGGGCAUUUAAAUUAAAGGUACAGUGUUCUGCACUAAUAUUA